AUGAAUUCGCUGAGAUUGUUUCCGCAGCAACCUCUUCGCCUGAUGGGCAGCAGACAUCAUUCUCAGAAGGCAUCAGUGCAGCAUUCCUCUCCCGCUGCAUUUUCGGAGAGUCCAGGAAAAGUAAGGUCCUCAAGGCAGGGCGAAGCCGACGUUUCCAAUGGCGAUCCAGCUAAAGUGAAGGCCCACGAGCACAGGGUCGACAUCGGCGACGAGCAAUGUGACUUGCUGGGCGGCGAGGUCUUCUCAGGAAAGCUGGCCCUUGACAAGAGACCCAAGAACCCUGAUGUCGAGGACGGAGAACCCACCCAGGACAGUGUCGACGCCAGACUUACCACCAAGGCGUUGUCUUGGGGAUCUCACGUCCUUCGUCUUCAGGAUGUUAUAUCCGUAAGUUCACGCGUGAGCUUCUUUGGGUUGACCCGUGAUUCGGGCCAUGAAUCUCUUCUCAUCAUCUCCUCCGUUGCUCUGUACAGGUCUCCUACUGUUCUGGUCUCAGGCACUUCACUGUGCACGCCUAUCCUCAGAUAAAAAGGUCCUGGGGUCUGUCUUGCUUCCUGAAGCCACAGAGGAGACAAAAGGACUUCCGCUUCUUGGCGACUACUCUGGAGGAUGCCAGAAAAUGGGUCACUGGUUUCGCGGACCAGCAGUGCUACGUGAAGCUCUUACCUCACCCCAUGGAGACCUCCAACAAGCACGGGCCGGAUGAGUUCUCUAAUGAUCCCUUUUUUGAGUACCAUAUCAAAUCGAAGAGUACCCAGAGGGUUCUGGUUAUACUGAAUCCGCGCUCCGGGCACGGCCGAUCAAGUAAAGUCUUUCAUGGGAAGGUUGAACCUAUAUUUAAGGUAUGCUGCGCCUCACCGUUGACUAAGUUUUUACUCCUUUGAGCUACUGUUUUCCUUGGAUAAAUCUAACUGAUGGCAUAAGUUUCUCACUGAGUGAGGAUUAAAAAUGGGAUUAUUUGCCCUUUAGAUUUGUGUUUUAUUUGUGUGUGUAUUUUAAUGUGUAAAAUGAUGGCAGCUUGCAGGAUUCAAGAUGGAGAUAGUUAACACGACUUCGGCUGGGCAUGCCAAAAGUCUUGCUUCUACCGUUGACUUCAGCACAUGCCCUGAUGGUAUGACAUCUCGCUACAUGGCUGUGUGAGGAGCGAAAGGGAAAAAAAAUUGAUCUUUCAACUCCAUCUGGCCUCACGCUUCUCUUCUGCCUCUCUCUGUGCAGGAAUAAUUUGUGUGGGAGGUGAUGGAAUUGUGAAUGAGGUUUGUCACUUCUACUGGACUAAAUGAGAUUCUUACCAUGAUUCAGUGCCACUUCUCGGUUUUUUUCUUCUUUUUCUUCUAUUUUUUAAUAAAAAAUUAGUGGGUCAACUUAUUUUUUCCGGUUUAUUUGACUUUAUUCCAUUUUAUUCCAUAUUACACUGUUCGGAUGAUUUUGGUGUAGGUCCUCAACGGUCUACUGGGGAGGAGCAACCAGAAGGAAGCCAUCUCGAUUCCCAUCGGCAUCAUUCCCGCUGGAUCUGACAAUUCGCUUGUCUGGACUGUUCUUGGGGUUAAAGAUCCCGUCUCUGCUGCAAUAACCAUCGUCAAGGUGAGCCGUCCUCGCUAGAUCCUCUGCCAUAUUAUGUCCAAGAUCCUGUAAUCUGCCAUUUGGGAGGAGUUUGACUGCGCGCUCUCUCUCUCUCUCUCUCUGUGAGUGCAGGGAGGGCUUACACCCACGGAUGUGUUCGCGGUGGAAUGGAUUCAGACGGGAGUCAUCCACUUCGGAUCGACGGUUUCCUACUUCGGUUUCCUCAGCGAUGGUGAGUUGCUGCUCUUCCUGUUGGUCUGAGGAAUUCUGGGUCUGCUCCUCCGCCGUGGGGAGGUACUCCAGUUCAUCGUGUUUCUGGAUCCGGAAAGAACUGGUGCAAAGAGGGGAGGCAUCGUUGAUGAGAUCGGAAUCUUGGAUUUGCAGUAUUGGAGCUGUCGGAGAAGUACCAGAAGCGGUUCGGCCCUCUCCGCUACUUCGUCGCAGGCGUCCACAAGUUCCUCUGCCUCCCCAAGUACACCUACGAACUGGAGUGCCUCCCCACGGCGGCGGUAGCGCCGAACCAGGAGAGGGGCUGGGCGGCGGAGGACGAGGAGGAGGAGGUCACGGCGGCGAACCUGUUCACGGACGUGAUGCGGGGGUCGUACAGAGAAGGUGGCGGCGGCGUGCUCCAGAGGGCUUCCAGCCUCUCGAGCAUCGACUCCAUCGUCACCCCGGGGAGGGUCACCGGCGACCUGGAGAUGGCCGGCCGCGAGCCCUCCGACUACGUUCGAGGGCUCGACCCGAAGAUCAAGCGGCUGUCGCUGGGGAGGAGCAACGUCACCCCGGAGCCGGAGCCGGUGGAGGUCCUCCGCCCGCAGGUGGUGUCCCUCUCGGCCACCCCCAACUGGCCCCGCACCAGGUCCAAGUCCCGCGGCGGCGCCGCCACCAUGGCGGCGGCGGCGCCGCCGUCGAGCAACGACGGGAGGUCCUCCUGGGCGGCGGCGAACGACAGGGAGGAGAUCUCGUCGACCCUGUCGGACCCGGGGCCGCUGUGGGACUCGGAGCCCAAGUGGGACAGAGAAGCCGAGUGGGAGCAGGAGCACCAACCCAUCGAACUCCCCUCGAGGCCCCCCCCUCCCCCGCAGCAGAUGGCGGAGGACGACGGCGACUCGGUGGCGGCGCCGCCGAAGAAGGUGGAGGAUGAGGAGGAGAGGUGGGUGGUGCGGAAGGGGAGGUUCCUGGGGGUUCUGGUGUGCAACCACUCGUGCAGGACGGUGCAGAGUCUGAGCUCGCAGGUAGUGGCCCCCCACGCGGAGCACGACGACAACAGCCUGGACCUCCUCCUCGUCCACGGCAGCGGCCGCCUCAGGCUCCUCAGGUUCUUCCUCCGCCUCCAGUGCGGCACUCACCUCUCCCUCCCCUACGUCGAGUACCUCAAGGUAUUUAUUAUACACUGCUUCUUCUUCCUUCCUUCUUCCUUCCUUCCUUCCUUCUUCAAGGUCGUCUUCUUCUUCUGCCCGUUUCAGGUGAAGUCCGUGAGGGUGAAGCCGGUGAAGGGCUGCCACAACGGGUGCGGCAUAGACGGCGAGCUCGUGCGGGUCAACGGCGAGGUGAUCUGCUCUCUGCUCCCGGACCAGUGCCGCCUGAUCGGCCGCCGCUCCCGCGGCCGUGUAUAG